GGCAGAAGUGUGACCAUUUUAGCUGUGGAGCCAUUACCCUGAUGGGAGCAGGUCCUCAGUGCAGAGUUAAAAGAUCCUAAUGUUGACCACCUUGAAUGUAAGUUUUGAAUUGGAUUCUACUGGACCUGCUGGAUCACGGAGAUUGUGGGUGAUGCUGUACGUAUCAUUGGAGAUGAGCGUCUCACAAGUGGACUUGACCCAUGUGUUCAUUCACUGAUGUCCAGCUUACUACUUCGUGGUGUUACACAGCAAAGUGCCUGAGGUGUGCAGCAGUGACCAAAGUCAGAAGGAGCUGACUUCUGAACGUACCAGGCAGGAUGAAAGACCGGCUAAACGAGCUGCGUGAAUUUGCCAGGUUACACAACCAACAGUUUUCUGAUAGUGAGGAUGAUGAAAAUUCACCCCGCGAUGUUCUCCUUUAUGAGACUGAUUAUGCCUUGGAAAUUCUUCACAAAGACAUACAGAACAUCCGGACAGAAAAUGACCACCUAAAAGAGGAUGUCAAGAGGCUCAGAAAGCAAAACACCCGCUUCCUUACUUCCAUGCGCCGUAUCAGUAGCAUCAAGCGAGAUACUAAUUGUAUUGCCAGAGACAUCAAGGCGCGUGGAGAAAGCAUCCAUAGGAAACUCCAGAUAAUGAGAGACUUCAGCGAAGACGCAAUAACAAAAUAUGGGGCUAUGUCUAUCAUUGCCAGGGUAGCAAAGAACCACUACGUUGACCUCAUGCACGCCUUUCAGGAAGCUAUGUUUGACUACAACGCAACAGAGAUGAACCAACGGGAGAACUGCAAGAUUCGAAUUCAGCGGCAGCUGGAGAUCAUGGGCAAAGAUGUUUCUGGCAACCAGAUCGAGGAGAUGAUUGAGCAAGGCAAGUGGGACGUCUUCUCUGAGAAUCUCUUGUCGGAUGUUAAGGGGGCUCGCUCAGCCUUGAAUGAGUUAGAGACACGUCAUAAGGAGCUGGUCAAGUUAGAAGGUCGCAUUAAGGAAGUCCAUGAGCUCUUUCUGCAGGUGGGCCUGUUAGUGGAGGAGCAGGCGGACACCUUCAAUGUCAUUGAGAUAAACAUGCAAAAUGUUGAGGACUAUGUAGGAGACGCUAAAGACCAAGUGAAAAAAGCUUUGGAAUACAGAAGAAAACACCCCCUCAGGACAAUCCUCUGCUGUUGCAUAUCCUGUUGCAGAAGGUGACUAUCCCACUGAAGCUGUCACAGACCAGCUCAAACAUCUUCAAAAGGAGGCAUUCUAUCCAGUGACACUUCGGUAAUGACAACCCCUAGAAAAAGGGGAGGCUGUUUUACAGUCAGUUUUGUUCAUUGCCUUUUCCCAAAAUGUGCUGAAGGCUGUUCUACGUGAGAGCUGCUAGAAAUGUUGAUAAAACUAUAUUUAAUCUAUUUUUAAUUGAAAUGUACUCUUUUGCUGUAACUCGAGGUGCAAGUGGAUCUCUGCAAUACUUGUUUCAGAUAAGCAAGAAAGAGGAAUGAAUAAUGGGUUGAUAACCCAGCCUAGGGAAGAUGAGAAAUUUCAAGAAGUAACUUUAUUCUUCUUUGUCACAGUGAGUCUGCAGGCGGUGUGGACUGACUGCCUGGAGUGACACAAUGCACCACAGAAUCAGGAGGUUUCAAUCGUAACUACUUUGGAGCCUGCUUGAUGCAAAUACUUGAACAGAUUUUUGCUCUGUUCAUUUGACAAAAUAUUGAGCCUGUUAGCAGGAGCAGGACACAGAACCAGUUUCUAUUUCCACUUAAUUUCCGUCUGUCACGAAUCUUAACAGAAGUAACUGCACCUUAAAUUAUAAUACACACGUUUUACUCCAUUUUUGUGCAAGGGCCUGCUUUUCUCCAUUUUGAGUACCCACAACUUUAUCAAGGUGGCUAGGAACACUGCGACACUGAGGCAUCUCGCUGACUUUUAACUUCAGCCACUCUCUGUACUCUUAGUUUCAAAACUGCCAUGCCUUUAUGCUUCUAAUACAUUCUUCUGCCAAUUAACACUUCAGCCAGAAAAGAUGCAAGCAGUGGCCUUCUGCAGGAGCACUCAUAAGAAGACAACAGUUGGAGGGUAAAGAAAGCAUACACACAAGCAGUUUUAGUGGAAGGAUUAUCCUGUCAAUAGAUUUUUAUUUUUUUAUAAGCAUUGAUUUAAUAUGGAUUUUUUUAAUAUAUAUUUUAAAUAACAUGAAGGAUUGAAUUUAUUAACAUUCCAUUUUACUGGUGUACAAAAACUAAGGCUUUUCUCCCAUUAUGAGGAAGUCUCCACCUGGGAAACAAAAUAGACAUAUUUCUUCAGUAUACCUGAAGAAGAAAGAAAAAAUUUUAAUGUCAUUUCAGUGCUCUUUUCAAGCUUAAAAGCAAUCUCUCCUUUCGUGUAAGGGGAGUCUGCUCACAGUAGGUUUGGAAUAUGAGGAGAGAAUAGAAAAUUUGCAGCCCUGGAAACCACUGAGCAUUGUCGGUGAAGCAUGUAUUCAUCAGGCCUGGGGAGUGAUUACAGCUCCUGCUUCUGGAGGUUUUCCAACUAUAAUAUUUCUAGGUGGCUUCCUGAUACACUGUGUUCUAUUGCUAUCCCUUGAAUUAAUGCAGGACAUUUUUUCAGAAGCUAGUGACUCUUUUUUUUUUAAAAAAAAAAACAACUCUGAUCCUAUUUGUACCUCUUUUAAUAAAUAUAUUUAAACAUUUCAAAUAUUUUGCAUUUGGGAGUUUUCCUUGGGAGAUGCCAUAGCAUCUUCCUGCACUAGUCACAACAAAACGUUUCCCUUCUGAUCUUUUGCACACGAAUGUUAUCUGUGAAACAACACCCAUACAUUUCUUACUAUUUAUAUUCAUGUAACAAACCAACACAAUAAAUUCAGCUUCCAAGCUUCCGUGUCCUAGUGGGAAAUGCUUCUUUGCUAGGCAGGGUUUUUUACACAAAUAGAAGCUAAAUGGAUAAGUCUUCUCAGAAACUGAGAGUCUCUUUUGCUGAAGCACCCGUCUGUGAUAACAUGGAAGAGUGGGGAACACCGAUCUUCUAAACUAGAAGAUAUUUUGAUAUUCAGUGAUGUCCUGAUGACAUCAGUAUUACCCUUGCCCGAGGACCUCUUCAACAACCCAACGUUCAGACUUGCAGUGGGAGAAAGGAGGGUGUUGAGCUGGCACCGUCACCAGUAGCUUCAGUGCUACUCAAGAAGACAAAGUCGUUUACGCCGUAGAUGCUGCGUUUAAGGCAACCGAACUGUGCAUUUGUAGAGAAAUACCAUAAACCUCCAAGGGUCCGCGUACGGGCAUACAUCACCGAGGAAUAAAAUACGUAUUUCAUUUCGUCUGCCUAUUCUUAGCACUCACCAAUGCUUUUGAUAAAAAUGUGUACAUGUUUGGAGUUUUUUUGUCGGUUUCUUUUUUGCGCAUAUUUAUGUCUACA